AUACCAGUUUUUGCUCCCUGCAGACGACGGGUGGCCAUACUUGUUUACAUCAGUGUAAGUACAAACUUUUUUGUCUCUCCCUGCCCAUGUCGAAUACAUUUUACAACUUAUACAAUAUGCAACUAAGCAUUUAAAUAUAAUAGAAUUGGUAUAUAGUUAAUUUAAUAUCGUACACUUGAGAUAAUAUAGUGUUAUCGUAAAUAACGAACAGUCGCCCUCCAACUCGCUGCUCGUCGGACGAGACAUUUUUGGUGUAAGUUUAAAAUAAAGUUUUUUCAGAAACUAUGGGGAAUAACAGCGGUAAAAGAAGUCUGUCUCAAUCGACAGACGACAGCGUUAUCAGAGAAGAUGAAAACUGGAUGAAAGAUGUAGACAGUGAAGCAAAUCAUCCUAACCUCGCUCCUUAUUCAAACCUGACUGCUGAAGAGAAUGACUUCGAACCUAAAAGGAGAGUAAGAGCUAGCACUUUGAGCUCAACAGUGAAUAUUGACAAGAAAAAACUGCCCACUGUCUUUAAAUGGGAAGGCGGAGGAAAAAAUGUAUUCAUUUCUGGCUCAUUUAAUAGUUGGAAGAAGAAAAUAUCUAUGGUCAAGAGCACUGGAGACUUUUAUGCAAUUAUAGAUCUUCCUGAAGGCACUCACCAGUACAAGUUUUAUGUUGACGGACAAUGGCUAUGCGAUUCCAAAGAGCAAAAAACAGAAAGUGAUUUGGGUACAGAAAACAAUAUAGUGACAGUUCGAGCUUCAGAUUUCGAAGUAUUUGAAGCUUUGGCAACGGACAGUGUCAACUCCGGUCAGAACCGAGGGACAGGCCGGCAUUAUAGCAAAGAUGAAGUUACCGGCUCGCCUCCUGGUGAUUAUUCUCAGGAAGUUCCCCCCCGACAUUCAUCCCAUGGUUUCUCCCAUAGUGGACCUCCGAUACUACCCCCUCACCUACUACAGGUGAUCUUAAAUAAGGAAAUACCAGUACAUUGUGAGCCAACUCUGUUGCCUGAACCGAACCACGUUAUGUUAAAUCACCUUUAUGCGUUAUCAAUCAAGGAAUCGAAACCUGAUUUGAAAAAAAUAAGAAAAGAAGCAAAGGAACGUAAAAGGAAAUGGAAAGAAGAAAAACUAAUAAAACGCUUAGAAAAGAGAAAGAAACGUGAAGAAACAGAGCAGAUAAAUAAAUUGGAAGAAGAAAGUAAACUAAAAAAAAAAGAGAAUUGUUAUACAGUCAGCAUAGCUUUGCCUGGUUCUAUACUAGAUAAUGCUCAAUCACCUGAAUUAAGAACCUAUUUAGCCGGUCAGAUUGCCCGUUCGGCCGCUAUAUUUAAUGUAAAUGAAAUUAUAAUAUUUGAUGAAGUUGGUAAAGCUGCUUUGACCACUGAAGGAACUUUUGAAGGCAUUGGGAAAAGCACAAAAACAUCCAACUGUAACAUUCAAUUAGCAAGAAUUCUUCAAUAUCUUGAAUGUCCGCAAUAUCUACGAAAAAAUUUCUUUCCUGUUCAUGAAGAUUUAAAAUAUGCUGGUCUUCUAAAUCCUUUAGAUUCAGUUCAUCAUUAUAGAAGUGAAGAUGACGCUACUUAUAGAGAAGGAGUAGUUACUAAAAUGAAAGUUAAAGAAGAUAAAGGCUCUCUAGUUGACGUCGGAUUAGAGAAAUUAGUAAGAAUUGACAAACAGCUAGAUCCAGGAUUCCGCGUAACUGUUCGAUUAGAUAAAACAACGAUGGAUAAUAAGAAGCCAAGAGGUGUUGUCGUUUCUCCUGAUGAACCAAGAGAAUUAGGUAAUUUAUACUGGGGCUAUUCAGUUAGGCUUGCUCCAAAUCUUUCAUCCGUUCUUAUUAAAUCCCCAUAUAAGGGCGGUUACGACUUAGUAAUUGGAACAUCAGAUAAAGGAGAUAGUAUUGAUCGUUUUGAACCAGAAGAAAAUUUUAAACAUGCUCUUAUCGUUUUCGGUGGACUAAAAGGACUUGAGGCAAGUCUUGAAUCUGACGAAAAGUUAACAGUAGGAGAUCCUAGAGAACUUUUUGAAUAUUAUGUAAAUGUUUGUCCUUAUCAAGGAUCAAGGACGAUACGAACUGAGGAGGCUCUCUUAAUCGCCCUUAGCGCAAUUCGUCCUAAAUUAGCAAUGAGUAAACUUAAGUUAACAGAAAACUCGAAUGAUUAA